CCUAGUUGAGCAGUGGUCCAGCAACACGAUUUCACUGCUUCAACGCCUCUGCGCUGUCGAUCUGAAGAACCAAUCCAGCCGGUGAGACAGUGGAGAUGGCCGCUCCCAAUCAGUACGCGCAGCCGCAACCCGAGUAUGGUGGAGACGAAGUCGCAGCGCUGGUGCUCGACCCGGGAUACUCGACCACACGUGCCGGCUUUGCAGGUGAAGACACGCCCAAGUCCAUUGUGCCCACAUACUACGGCCGGCUCGCCACGGACGGCUCUGACGAAAAUCCGCGUAUUCUAUUUGGCGAGAACGCCCUGCACACGCCUCUGCCAGACCUGGAGAUCCUGAAUCCGUUGAAUGGCAUCACUGCAGAGGAAUGGGUUCAGGACUGGGACAUUGCGGCGAAGUUAUGGGAGUUCAGCAUCACGAGCAGACUAACUGGGCCGAAGCAGAGCGAUCCCAGGACGAAUGGUUUAAACGACGCCAACGGCGAUACAGCCAUGGAAAUUGAUGCCGUAGAGCAGGAGGAAAAGCCCAUGAGCGACAAUCCAUUACUGAUGAGCGAGCCGGGUAAAACUAGCGCAAAAAGCAGAGAGAAGGCUAUUCAGAUCGCCAUGGAGGAUUGGGAUGUGCCCGCUUUCUGGUUGGGCAGAACGGGCGUUCUCUCUGCAUUCUCCUCUGGGAAAUCCUCUGCACUUGUCAUUGACAUUGGCGCGUCCGGAAUUCAAGUCUCUCCCAUCCUUGACGGGAUACUCCUACGUAAGGGCGUGCGCAACUCACCUUUAGGAGGAAAUUGGAUUAGCAAGCAGAUUCGAUUGAUGUUCUCGCAAUCUACGCCUGUAGUACCCUUGGUGCCACACUACAUGGUCGCACGCAAAACCGUGGUUGAGGCCCAGCAGCCCUCUCAAGCGACAUACCAUACGUUUAAGAAGCCACCUACAGAAAGUUUUCGACUGUGGGAAGAAGAAAGAGUUCUCACCGAAUUCAAGGAGAGUGUAGUACAAACCUGGGAGCAACAAGGCAGACUGUCGAGCGGGAUGCCUGGCAGCACGAAUGAGGAUAUCGCCAAAACAUGGCCUGGCCGACCUUUCGAAAUGCCGGAUGGCUGGAAUGCUGUGUUUGGCUCGGAGCGGUUUCGGAUUCCCGAGGGUCUGUUCGACGAGAACAUGGCAUACACGGAUGAUUCAACACCCAAGCCGAAACCUGAGCAGACGAUACCAGCUUUGGUCAAGGCCUCAUUAGCAAGUGUAGAUUCAGAAGUGCGGCCAAAUCUUCUGAAUAACAUCGUAGUGUGUGGUGGCGGCUCGUUGCUGCAGGGUCUGACGAGACGGAUUGACAAUGAGGUCAACGCGCUAUAUCCCGGCCCUAGAGUGAGAGUGCAAGCAAGUAGUCAGAUUGUUGAGAGGAAAUAUGCUAGUUGGAUCGGCGGUAGCAUCCUCGGGAGCUUGGGUACAUUUCACCAGAUGUGGAUCUCAAAGAAGGAGUAUCAAGAGCAUGGCGCAAAUAUUAUUGAGAAGAGAUGCAAAUAAAAAGUCAGUCAACUAAGAAUGAGCAGACAUUGCCUUGUGUAAUUAGCCUGGAGAAUGGCGUUGACAAAGAGGGAUAACACGAGACUCGACGGAAUAGUUACAUAUGAACUUGACCGCGCUGUUAAAAAAGGGAGGGCAUUGGCUCUUAAACGGCUCAUGCAUAUUUGUAUUCUUGCUAUCUACACACCCAUGGAAUAGCAUAAGAAUACUUCCUUGGCUCUUGACUACAACCCUCACUAGAAAUGCCACUUACUGAUUUUCCCAUACUUCCAAAUUGGCUCUUCUAGUUCGGAAGGCAACUCAUAUAUGGAUUGUCCAGUCUUGCAGUUCUUGAAAUUUGUGCGCGACUUGUUGCAUAAUUUAUUGACUAGAAACACU